CGAGCUCCAAGAUGGCGGAAGUCUGUAGUUGGAAUACUGAAUACACUUAAGCUGUCAAACACUUAUCUGUAAAAAACGGUAAGUUUUCUUACUAAGUAAGUUUUUCUUACUUUCUUCUAAGAACAUAAGAUAUUUGUUUAGCAAUCUCAAAUGAUCGCAAAUAUUGCCUUGGGUUAAAAGUAGAAGCGACUGUUGAGCUUGGGCACAGAGUGAAAUCUCAAUGUUUUCGACACUUAGAAAAUAUUCAAGUUCUCACACACUGAGUGAAGUCCCGAUAAAUAUCCACAGAAAUCCACGAAACCUCAACAGAGUAUUUAGUGGUUGUUUAGAAAUGUGUAUUGUUGUGGACAAAUUCUCCGAGCUUGCAUUAAGCAUAAUUCUUUAGAAUCUUGACUCGUGACUGGUAUGGUUUUCAAAAUACUAGAUGCCUGGCAGUUGGAAAUUCUCACUGUACUUUCACGAAAAUCUUUCUCAGCAUCUGCUGAGCCUACUCGAUUUCUAUCUAAAUUAUAAAGAGUCUACAGUCUUACCGGAUAUCCUCUAGAAAUGUUCCUCUGAGAGUUACAAACAACGUUAAGUCUGUCGACUCGGCAGAAGAGUGCCCUUCAACCACCGGUGUGGCACUUCAGUUGCGUGACGCAAAUACUACACUGUGUCGAAACUAACAAAGAUUUCACUCUAUUCCCAGGCUCGACAGUUGCCUCUACCUCAAGCCCAAAGCAGCGUUUGAAAUCGCUUUAUUUUUUUUAACAACUACCUGAUGUUAUUACACAAAUUAAAUGAGAUACUUCGUGCAAACUGGACGUGAAUUUCCGACUGCCGGGCAUCUAGUAUUUUGAAAACUGUACCAGUGAGUCAAGAUUCUAAAGAAUAUGCAAAAUGCAAGCUUGGAGAAUUUGUCCACAACAAUACGAAACCUUUAUUUAGAAUCGCUUGGCAUUUCUAAACAACCACUAAAUACUCUGGUGAGGUUUCGUUGAUAAUUUCUGUGGAUAUUCAUCGGGAGUCACGGUUGACUCAGUGUGUGAGAACUUUAACAUCUUCUAAGUGUCGAACACAUUGAGAUUUCACUCUAUAGCGAAACUCAACAGUCGCUUCUACUUCUUCCCAAGGCAAUAUUUACAAUCACUUGAGAUUUCUAAGCAAAUAUCUUCUGUUUUAAGAGGAAUUAAACGAGCUAUUCCGAGAAAAUUGGUCAAAAUUUCUGACUGCCGUGUAUCUAGUUUUUUGACAACAGUUCCCGGUUGCCGGGUAUCUAGACACAGCGAAAACCGUAUCACAAGAGAAGAUAACCGAGGUUCCACUGUCACGUUGAAUCCAUUUGCACUAAAAAAACUUUGACUAUUAGACCGACAUCUACACUUUAAUUUCAGAAAAGCCGUCACUGAACACCAUCUUGGUUUUUCUAGUAGAUACACCAUAGGCGUCACCUUUGUUUACUCCCUGCUGGAAUCAUAUAGAUUACUAGAAAUAUGUUAUCGCAAAAGCCUCGCAAAACUUUAAAGAGGAGGGAGGUACAGGAGGAUAAAUCUCCUUUCUCCCUAAACUUCCGUCUCCCAGCAGCUCUGUAGAGUACCAAGGAAUACAAUUAUACUUUUUAAAGAAGGGAUAUAUCUGAUACAAGGAAAAUAAACGAAUCACAAUUAAAGCUUGAAAUGUUUUUGAAAGAUACCUCAAAACACAGAGUCACAGAGUGCAGUGGGAACAAACUCGCUCAGUUUCUUGCCAUACAUUUUUAGCGACAACAUCAGUUUGCAUUUUGUUUGUGAUGAAUUGAGAUUUUGACCAUUCAAAGGCUUUGCUAGAAACGAUCUGAACUAGAACUCUAAAUGGGUUUAAAUUAAAGCUACCACAAAGCACAUCUCCUCCUCUACGGUCCACUAUUAAAUAUGCAUACGUUCACUCGACUGGAACAUGAACCUCAAAUGAUUAUAGUGGUGUUUGAAUUUGUCCAGAAUAUUUUGGAUAUUCAAAAAUCUUUGAAAAAAAAGACUACUAAACUGAUACCAUUCUUAAACCCCAGGUAAAAGGUUUAAUUACAUACAUAUCUUGUUACUCUUGUCAACAUGGGUCGGCAAAUAAAGAAAGGUCAAGAAGGUUGGAAAAGAUGUUUCACAAGACGGGUAACCUGAGAUGCGUCAAAGUUUGAUUCCAUGCUUUCUCGGUUAAGUGCAACCAAGGGAGUCUCAUCCCAGGUGACCUAAGGGGAUCGCAGUGUACACCAAACUCCCAUGCACCCAUUAAAAAAAAAAACAUAAAAUUACCUUCUCACCAAUAUCUUUCUAGAUCUCCCUACUCCCAACAUUUUAUUUUCUCCCUCCUGCCUACUUUUUCAGGCCAUUUCUCCCUCCUCCAUAUUGUUUACCUCCCCCUUUUUUAAGGGAUCAGCAGUGAGAAUAAAUGGAAACAAGCCAAAGGGGAAAAAAUGAUUUUAAAAAAAACUAAAAAGAAAAAAGAAAUGUACAAAGUUUAAAAGUUUGACUUUGCUGGGAUUUGAACUCACUCCCUCUUUAUCUCCUAUGAAGUGAAGUUAAAUCCUUGACCACUACGCCACACAGCCACUGAUUAAUUAUCAUGCUGAAAUUAUUAUUUUAAAGCAGUUUUCUCUGCCGUGAACACUGUUUGAAGUUUCACAAAGAACAGCUGUGUGGGAGACUAUGAGCCCUCAUGAUGACGAAAAGAUUUUGAUCCUUGCCAAUUUAAAAGCAGCAAGGAAAUACAUGGUCAUCUGAUUAGUGGACUGCUCCUUCCUUUUUGAUAUUAAAAAGUUUUGUCAAUUUAGUAAAAAAGUAAAUUAAAAUCCCCCUCUACACAGUAUCUGAUUCUUGGUUCCAUCUAGAUGUUCACAAAGUAACACCCACAUAAUUUGCCUUUUUACUCAUAAUCAACAUAUUUAACAAUUUUUAAUUUGAAUAUUCUCAUUAAAUUUUUCCCAGGCCUUCAAAGUCUUUUGAAGUUGCAAUGCCUAAAUUGUUUAACACUGAAAUAUGGCCAGCAAUGUUUGUACGAGAUAUGACAAAGAUGGAAAGGGUACAGCUAGAGAGACAGCCAUUAAACAUGCCAUACAUUGCCUUACAGCAGAGAGAAGCACCUCCGCUUGUGUCCAGCGUAAUUAUCCGAGAGACUUGUGGAACCAAUCCCUUGCCACAGAGAAACAUAAUUGGUCACCAGAAACUAUCCAAAGCAUGGAUGAAAGUCUGAAAGAAUGGGAACGUUACCAUGACAGCAAUAUUCUAGCAAAGGGAGCAGGUGACUUGCGAGUUUUAUCCUUAGGGGGAGAUGACCCCACAAAAGAUAUAAAAGUUCUCACUGAAAAUGGUGUCUCUGCUCGGAAAAUCUGGAUAACUGAAAAAAAAAACAGGGACUUUCAAAAGGGGAAAAAAGCUGUCAGAGAUUCUAGUUUUAGUGCAGUCAAGUUAGUGAAGAUAAAUCUACUAACUUUUUUGGAAGAGGACAGAGAAGGGCCAUUUGAUAUAAUUAACAUUGACACCUGUGGCUCACUUCCAGCAGAAAGCCAAGAGACACUCAAGAUCAUUGGUCGCAUCUUUCAACUGCACAAACUGGCGUCGCCGGGUGCUCUCAUCACCAACUUUUCCUUUCCUCCUAAGGAACUUGCUGGAUGUGAAGAACAACAACAAAUUGCAUACAUAGCAAAGGAAUAUUUAAAGAACAAAAUUAAAGACAUCACUGGGUGUUACAAUGACAUGUUUUUGAGUCAAAAGACCGAUGAAGAAAUUUACAGUGAUUAUGUUACCAUUCAAGUCAUCGACUCAGCAUCAUUUGUUAUACCAGCUCAAAGAAUGUUUCUGUCUUCAAAUAAGUGGAGUGACAUUUUUGAACCAACAAAGUCUUUCUUUAAAGAAGUUAGAAAACACCCGCCACAUAGUGUUGGCUCUACUUCUGAGGUCGCGGAAGGAUGUACUAACAGAUCUAAAGAAGAUGCUGGCAUGCAUAGUAAUAUAGGUUGUAACGAUUGUGAGCACUUAUACAACAAUUUCUAUUUGAGCAAGAUUAGCCUGGCCAUGGAGGUGGAAAAAGAUAAAAACAGAUUUUGUACAGCGUGGUUAGAUGAAGUUUUCCCAAGCUUAACUGCUAACCUUAAGAAGAUAGAAGUAUCUUCACUAGUUCUGACUGCACUUCUAUUUUCGUCUAUCAAUUUCUUUUUGAAAUUUGCUAAUUUUAAUUUCAAGCAAUGCAUAAGAUCCUUAAAGCAUUCUGAAGAUAAAACUUUGAUUGCUGGGCUUCUUUAUGGGCUAUCAGCUGAACCUUCAUACCCUGUUUUGGAUAAGUUGCGUCGUUUAUAUUAUACAGAAGAGGAACAGCGGCAGAUGUUCUGUGAUGUCUUCAUCUUUGAUAGAUGCAGGUAUCUAUUUGGACUAUUCCCUUUUGUUCAUACAGUGGACCAGUUUUGUGAUAAAGAGGAGAAUGUAUUUUUAAUUGCAAAGAUGAUUCUUGAUGGGAUGAAAAAACAUUUAAAAUGCAUCUGUAAGAAAGACCUCUUU